UGCCAACAUUUGAUUCUAUUGGGCUCAAAGAAGAUCUUUUGAGAGGGAUUUAUGCCUAUAAUUUUGAAAAGCCCUCAGCUAUUCAACAAAGGGCCAUAGUUCCUAUUAUGAAAGGACGUGAUGUGAUUGCUCAAGCACAAUCUGGCACUGGUAAAACAGCCACCUUUUCCAUUUCCAUCUUACAAUGUAUCGACACAACAAUCCGAGAGACCCAAGCGCUUGUAUUAUCACCUACAAGAGAAUUAGCAACACAGAUUCAAAGUGUAAUUCUAGCACUUGGUGACUACAUGAAUGUCCAGUGUCAUGCCUGUAUUGGGGGCACAAGUAUUGGGGAGGACAUUCGGAAACUUGAUCACGGACAACAUGUGGUUUCCGGCACACCAGGAAGAGUAUUUGAUAUGAUCCGACGUAGAAAUCUUCGUACUAGACAUAUCAAAAUGCUAGUACUAGACGAAGCAGAUGAACUAUUAAAUAGAGGGUUCAAGGACCAAAUAUAUGAUGUGUAUAGAUAUUUACCCCCGAAUACACAGGUUGUCCUGCUGAGCGCUACCUUACCUUACGAUGUUCUGGAAAUGACUACAAAAUUCAUGACGGAACCAAUUCGUAUUUUGGUGAAACGUGAUGAAUUGACAUUGGAAGGAAUUAAACAGUUUUUCGUGGCUGUUGAACGUGAGGAAUGGAAGUUUGAUACUUUAUGUGAUUUAUACGAUACGUUGACUAUUACUCAGGCCGUUAUCUUUUGUAAUACACGGAGAAAGAUGCGAGAAGCAAAUUUCACGGUAUCAUCUAUGCAUGGAGAUAUGCCACAAAAAGAACGCGAUGCAAUCAUGCAAGAAUUUCGACAGGGUGCGAGUCGAGUGUUAAUCACGACAGAUGUGUGGGCUCGUGGAAUUGAUGUACAGCAAGUUUCUCUUGUGAUAAAUUAUGAUCUACCCAGCAAUCGUGAACUUUAUAUUCAUCGUAUUGGUCGGUCAGGACGUUUUGGAAGGAGAGGUGUUGCUAUCAAUUUUGUGACAUCUGAAGACGUGCGUAUUCUGCGUGAUAUUGAACAGUAUUAUAGUACACAGAUCGAUGAAAUGCCGAUGAACGUACAAGAUUUGCUGUAG